GCUUAUGUUAUAAAGGAGGCCAAAAAAAUAAAUAGAUUAGAGCAUCUUUUGGGGGGAGGGAAAUCAGUGGGUCUGAGUCUUGGAGAAAGCUGGGGGUUGUUUUGGUUUUUUGUUUUGUUUUGUGUGUGUGUGUGAGAGAGAGUGUGUGUGUGUUUUUUUUAAGAAGAAAAAAAUAAAGGGAAGAAAAUUCAGCAGAGAAAAGAAGAGAGAGAGGAGUUCCAGCUGUGGAGGAAUAGAGGAGAAGAAGACAGAUAGAGAAGGAAGAACAGAGAAAUACAUUUCAACCAAGAAGGAGUUUUGAUUUAUUUGAUUUUUUAUUUGUUUUAAGGAGAAAAAAAAUCUAUAAGCAGGAAAAAGAAAGAAAGAAAAAGAAAAAAAGAAAAGAAAAAGCAACUGAGAAGGGUUAUAAAAAGAGCAAAUACCAAGAAGGGUGAACAAGAGAAGAAAGUCAAGGCAAGGAGGAGCCCAAAGCUGGCAGAUCGGGAGGAUUUGCAGGGGAGAAGGGGGGGGAAGAUUGGAAAUGCAGCUCUGGAGUUUGCUGCUGCCUCUUGCGCUUCUCUGUACAGCCCUAGCCAGUGGACCCGAAUGUGGGAUGGACGAGCGCUCCCGCAGGGCACGAAGGGACACCAGGCACAGCCGCCAGCUCCUCCACACUGCCCCGGGCACCUGUGCCACCAGGUUAGCCCGAGGAAGGCGCUCCACUGCUGGGCUGGAGCCCGGGCAUGUCCCCCGCAGGAGGCAACAGCGGGAGGUAAAGGACGAAGAGGAGUCCCUUACCCCGAGCAGGGCGCUCUAUUUCAGUGGCCAAGGUGAUCAGCUGCGGCUGAAGGCAGACGUCGAGCUGCCCCGAGAUGCCUUCACUUUGCAAGUGUGGCUGAAAGCCGAAGGCGGGCAGAGAUCUCCGGCUGUCAUUGCAGGACUGUAUGACAAAUGUUCUUACACCUCCCGUGACCGAGGCUGGGUCCUGGGGAUUAACACCGUCAGUGACCAGGGGAACAGAGACCCCCGCUAUUUCUUCUCGCUGAAGACGGACCGUGCCCGCAAAGUCACCACCAUUGCAGCCCACCGCAGCUACCUCCCCAACCAGUGGGUGCACCUGGCCGCCACCUACGACGGGCGCCUGAUGAGGCUCUACGUGAACGGUGCCCAGGUGGCCACGAGCGGAGAGCAAGUGGGCAGCGUCUUCAGUCCGCUGACCUUGAAGUGCAAGGUGCUCAUGCUGGGAGGGAACGCCCUGAACCAGAACUAUCGGGGUUACGUGGAGCACUUCAGCCUCUGGAGGACAGCCCGGUCUCAAAAGGAGAUCUUGUUGGACAUGGAGCAGGCGAUUCACAGGCAAGACAAGCCCCUACCUCAGCUCGUUCUUCAAGACAGUUUACUGAAUGUGAAAAGCACCUGGUCUCCCAUGAAGGACGGCAGCAGCCCUCAGACCAAGUUCAGCUACCACCACGGCUAUUUGCUGGACACCAGCCUGGACCCUCCCCUCUGCGGACAGACGGUGUGUGACAACACGGACGUCAUCGCCAGCUACAACAAGCUGCCCAGGUUCCGCCGCAACAAAACCGUGCGCUACCGCGUGGUGAACCUGUACGACGACCAGCACCAGAACCCCACCGUCAGCCAGCAGCAGAUCGAGUUCCAGCACCAGCACCUCAAGGAGGCUUUCAGCCGCUACAACAUCACCUGGGAGCUGGAGGUGCUGGAGGUGAAGAACUCCUCCCUUCGCCACCGGCUCAUCCUGGCCAACUGCGACAUCAGCAAGAUCGGGGACGAGAACUGUGACCCCGAGUGCAACCACACGCUGACGGGGUACGACGGCGGGGACUGCCGGCACGUCCGCCACACGCUCUUCAGCAAGAAGAAGCAGAACGGGGUGUGUGACAUGGAUUGUAAUUACGAGAGGUACAACUUCGACGGGGGGGAGUGCUGCAACCCGGAGAUAACAGAAGUCACCAAGACCUGCUUUGACCCAUAUUCUCCUUACAGGGCAUACUUGGAUGUCAAUGAACUUAAGAACAUACUCAAACUGGAUGGAUCCACACACCUCAACAUCUUUUUUGCCAAUUCCUCUGAGGAAGAGCUGGCUGGAGUGGCAACUUGGCCCUGGGACAAAGAAGCCUUGAUGCAUCUAGGUGGCAUCGUGCUGAAUCCCUCCUUCUACGGGAUCCCUGGCCACACUCACACCAUGAUCCACGAGAUUGGGCACAGCCUGGGGCUCUACCACGUCUUCCGCGGCAUCUCCGAGAUCCUCUCCUGCAGCGACCCGUGCAUGGAGACAGAGCCCUCCUUUGAGACCGGGGACCUCUGCAGUGACACCAACCCUGCCCCUAAGCACAAGCUCUGUGGGGACCCCGGGCCUGGCAAUGACACCUGUGGUUUCCACGGCUUCCUGAACACGCCCUUCAGCAACUUCAUGAGCUACGCAGACGACGACUGCACCGACUCCUUCACGCCCAACCAGGUGGCCAGGAUGCACUGCUACCUGGACCUGGUCUACCAGAGCUGGCAGCCCACCAAGAAGCCGGCUCCCGUGGCCAUUGCCCCCCAGAUCGUGGCUCGCGCCUCCGCCUCCGUCACCCUGGAGUGGUUUCCACCCAUCGACGGCCACUUCUUUGAAAGAGAAGUGGGAUCAGCAUGUGAUCUGUGUGCAGAAGGAAGAGUCCUGGUGCAGUACGCCUUCAGCGCCUCUUCUCCCAUGCCCUGCGACCCCUCGGGGCACUGGAGCCCACGGGAGGCAGAAGGGCACCCUGACGUUGAGCAGCCUUGCAAAUCCAGUGUCAGGACGUGGAGUCCCAAUUCAGCUGUCAACCAGCACACGGUGCCCCCAGCCUGCCCCGAGCCCCAGGGCUGCUACCUGCAGCUGGAAUUCCGCUAUCCCCUGACUCCAGAGUCCCUCACGGUCUGGGUGACGUUCGUUUCCCCCGACUGGGACUCCAGCGGAGCCGUGAAUGACAUCAAGCUGCUCACCGUCAGUGGGAAGAACAUUUCACUGGGGCCCCAGAACGUCUUCUGUGACAUCCCCCUGACCAUAAAGCUGGAUGUGGGACAAGUGGGGGAGGAGGUGUACGGCAUCCAGAUCUACACCUUGGACGAGCACCUGGAGAUUGACGCUGCCAUGCUGAGCUCUGUCCCCCACAGCACCCUGUGCUCGGGCUGCAAACCCAUCCAGUACAAAGUGGUCCGGGACCCCCCUUUCCAGUCGGGGUCUCCAGUGGUCAUCUCCAACCUCAGCAGGAGAUUUGUGGACACGGAGCUGAGCGACAGGACCACGUACAGAUACCAGGUGGUGGUUGUGUCCGGGACGGAGGAGAGCGAGCCUUCCCCCGCCCUCGUUUAUGUCGCUGGGAGUGGAUACUGUGGAGAUGGGAUUAUCCAAAUAGAGCUGGGGGAAGAAUGUGAUGACAUGAACAAGAUAAACGGCGAUGGCUGUUCCCUGUUCUGCCUGCAGGAGCUGUCCUUUAAUUGCAUCGAUGAGCCCAGCAGGUGCUAUUUCCACGACGGCGAUGGAGUGUGUGAGGAAUUUGAGCAAAUGACCAGCAUCAAAGACUGUGGCGUUUACACCCCCAAAGGCUUCCUGGAUCAGUGGGCUUCCAAUGUCUCUGUCUCACACCACAGUGACCAGCAGUGCCCAGGGUGGGUGGUCAUCGGUCAGCCGGCAGCAACCCAGAUGUGUCGAACCAAGGUGAUCGACCUGAACGAUGGAGUCUCCCAGUACGCCUGGUAUCCCUGCACGGCCAACUUCCAGUACUCCCACAUGACACAGACCAUUUUCUGGCUGAAGGCUUAUUUUUCCCAGCCUAUGGUGGCUGCAGCAGUCCUUGUUCACUUGGUCACUGAUGGGACCUACUACCUGGACCAGAAGCAGGAGACCAUCGGUGUGCAGCUGUUUGACACCAAGGAGCAAAGCCACGAUCUUGGUGUCCACGUCCUGAGCUGCAGGAACAAUCCCCUGAUUAUCCCCGUCAUCCAUGACCUCAGUCACCCUUUUUAUCACACCCAGGCUGUCCUCAUUAGCUUCAGCUCCCAGUUUGUGGCCAUCUCCGGGGUGGCCCUGCGCUCCUUCCACAACUUCGACCCCAUCACCAUCAGCAGCUGCCAGCGAGGACAGACCUACAGCCCCGCGGAGCAGAGCUGUGUCCACUACUCCUGCGAAGCCACCGACUGCAAGCGGCUGGAGAUCGAGAACGCGGUGCUGAGCUGCACCGGCGGCAUGGGCUGGGACAACGGCGCGCAGUGCAACGUCAGCUGCAGGACUGGCUACACCCUGCACAUCCACAGAGACGAUGAGCUCGUCAAGAGCCAGACGGAGUCCAGCGUCACCAUGACCUGCACGGAUGGGAAGUGGAACAAGCAGGUGACGUGUGAGCCCGUGGACUGUGGUGUGCCAGACCAGUACCACGUGUACCCAGCCACCUUCAACUGCAGCGAGGGCACCACCUUUGGCAAGAAAUGCUCCUUCACCUGCCGACCUCCUGCUCUUCUGAAAGGAAACAACAGCAACUUGACCUGCAUGGAGGACGGGCUGUGGUCCUUUCCUGAGGCCCUGUGUGAGCUGAUGUGUCGAGCACCCUCCGUCGUCCCCAACGCAGAUCUCCAGACCUCUCGCUGCCGAGAAGACAAGCACAAAGUGGGCUCGUUCUGCAAGUACAAAUGCAAACCAGGUUACCACGUCCCUGGAUCCUCCAGAAAAUCAAGAAAGCGAGCCUUUAAGAUCCAGUGCACGCAGGACGGCACGUGGCUGCCGGGCGCCUGCGUGCCCGUCACCUGUGACCCUCCACCUUCCAAGUUCCACGGGCUCUACCAGUGCUCCAACGGGUUCCAGUUCAACAGCGAGUGCCGCAUCAAGUGUGAGGAUGAUGACGCUCAGACGGGCCGUGGGAGCAACGUGAUCCACUGCCGGAAGGACGGCACCUGGAGCGGGUCCUUCCACCUGUGCAGGGAGAUGCAGGGGCAGUGUGCCCUGCCCACCCAGCUCAACAGCCACCUGAAGCUGCAGUGCGCCGGCGGCUACGGCAUAGGCACAGAGUGUACCACCUCCUGUCAGGAUCACAGUCACGAGCCCAUCCUCCUGCGCGUGAACGAGACUGUGCAAGACAUCCAGCACUGGAUGAACCCUCAGAGAGUGAAGAGUGUUGUCUGCACGGCAGGACUCAAGUGGUACCCUCACCCUUCCCUGAUUCAUUGUGUUAAAGGCUGUGAGCCUUUCAUGGGGGACAACUAUUGUGACUCAAUCAACAACAGAGCCUUCUGCAACUACGAUGGUGGGGACUGCUGUGCCUCGACUGUCAAGACCAAAAAGGUGACACCGUUUCCUAUGUCCUGUGACCUACAAGGAGAGUGUGCUUGCCGGGACCCCAACGCCCAAGAGCACAACCAGAAAGACCUCCGUGGCUUCAGUCUUGGGUAAAGCCAGGUGACGUGGAAAGGAGGACCACACUGCUCAAGGCAGGCUAGGAGAGACACCACAUCCCUUUUGGUAUCGUUUUUAACAUUUAGCUGCUCAACUGGAUGGCAUUUCUGCACCAGGGACCCUUAGAAUUCAACCAGUCUGCCUUUAAUUUUUGUCCAAGGAGAACUCAAAGUAGGGGUUUAUGUAUUAAUUAUAUCUUAAAUAGUGAUGAUGAGAAAAAAACCAACCAAGAGUCAAGUCAAGGCGACUUUCAUGUAUCAAAACAGCAUGUUAUGCCCACCUAAUUUGAACAGUUCAUAUCUAGAUUCAAGGCGAGAAACAAACUAUUUAUGUACACAUAUUUAUAGAAAUAAGUAGAGAAAGAGAGCGAGAAAGAGUGAGAGAUUAUGAUCAACGCAAAAACACUUUCCCCUCCCCAGCACUCACAACUCAGACCGUUCGUGGAAGAGGCUGAGCUCUUGGAGGACUCCAAGCUGAGCCUUUUCUGAUGCUGAAUGCCAAGGUAUCGCAUGCUCGGGGCGCUGUGGUUGGGGUGGGAUCUCCACAGGGCUGGGCCUCUUGGAAAGUGACUUGCCAGGCACCCAGCCAGCUCGAGAUGGGGGAUGCAUCUGCUCCUCACAGGAAUGCUGCUUCCAGCCAGGCAGCUCAGCAGACUGCAGUGGCCUUUCUGUACAGCUCCUCCUUCUCCCCCUGCCCUCUAAGAGCCAACAAAAAGCUCCCUUGUAGCCUGCAGGGCUUCUGGGACGUUUCUGUGUGGAGCUGGUCCCAUGGUGGAGUGAGGGAGUGGGGAGUCCAAGGGCUGGCAUGGAGGAACAAGGAGGAUUGCUUCUGAGGAGCACAGAGAGGGGAACUCGCGCCCGCACUUGUCAUUUGAGCAUGUCUGCUGCUGCUACUCCUGCUGCUAUGUCCCAUACAAAUAGUUUCCUUACUGUGUCAGGACAGGGUGAAAAACAACCCCAUGCAACCAAACAGUCUGCCUUAAAGCUUACCUACAACCUGCCUUUCAAACCCUCUGGUCUCUUCCUCAGCAUUGGGGCAAGAAAACAGGACACCAGCCAGCCAAAGGGAUCUGCUUUCUGGUCUCCACCCUGCCAAGUGCUUCUCUAGGCUUCCUCCACCCCCCUCUUAGGGUGAUCUGAUUCUGACAACUGCUUCGUGCUCCUGUUUUCUCAGGAGGGGGGAAAAGGAGGAGGAAACACCUGCCAUGAGGAAAGGCCCGUAAGAGACAGUAUUAGAAUUUUGGCCAUAUUUGUCAGUAUUAAGCUGCCAGGUCAGUGGGUCAGACUCUUGGGACAGACCAGGAGCCUAGGUGUUUGUAAUCUUCCAGAAAAAAGGGCAUUAGCUGCAGCAGACCUCACACUUCCCUGUCAUCCUCCUGCUUCAGCCAGAGGGGAACAUGUGCCAGACCCUCGGUGAUUCCUUUCCUCACAAGGUUCAUUACAUUGAGUCACUGAGAUACCCAGGGCAUCCAAUGCUGCUGCUGCUACAGCCCAUCCCAGGGAAAUCCCAGGGAUCUUUCCAGUGUGGCUUGGGCAUGGUCUGCUGCCCCAAGCUCCUGCUAGGAAGAACACACAUCCAAAAGAGCAUCCUUCCCAGUGUUACGUUUGUCUGUUCCUUGGGACUGUUGUGACUUGCACAGUCUACUGGGUAAAGAGAAAAAGAUUUUUUUCUAUCUCCCCCUUUAGGCACUGGAGCAAGGCAGAAGGGUAAGGGGAGGGGUCAUUUACCUCAUGGAGAUGGAUGUAAAAAUGAUGUGGAGAACUAGAAAUGGAAAAAUUAUAGAAUUAUAGGUGCAAGGAGCCAGGUUCUUGUUACCCACAGUUAGGGUUGUUUCUGUUAGAGUGAACCAGAGAAGAAUCUCAAGAGCUAAAGUAGAGGCCUGGAGAGCUGAUUGUCAUUAAGAAGGCAGGGAGCUCUCUGUUGUGAAGCUCCAGCUAUUCCUAGAGAAGGCCUGGCCAUGGGAGCUGUGUGGAUGGCUCUGCCCCCUCUGUGCAGGGGUGUUCUGGAAAGGGAGGUGCAGUGGAAUCAGGGUUCCUGCCAUGGAGUUAGACUGAACAUCCCCCAGCUUAGAGUGCAGUGCCAUAAGCUUCCACUUUUGCCCUUACCUUCUAACUAAUAUGGGAAGUAAAUAACUGUGCAAAAGUUGCUGCUUCCUUCUGGUCCCUUUGCCCUCCCCUGUUUUGUUGCAGUUUGUUCAUGUGCCACCUGGCUCAUCAGAACAGCUCACAACCUCAAAAGACUUUCAGACUGACAAUGCUUCGUGUCCUCAAUGCCUGAGGCAUCUUGGCAUGAUUCCCCCCUCUCCAUCCCACCUGGGUUCCAUCCCAGUGGGGAGCCUCAGUUCAUCUCCUGAGUGCAUCCUGGAAAUGCCCUUCCCAGUGCAGAGCUCAGCAUGGAGGAGAUUUCCCAUCUGAUUUUCCCACUUGGACAGUGCCCAGGAGAGAAGGUCUGUACAGACAUUAUUGACUCUUGCUGCUGUGGGCUCACAGGAGCUCAAGGCCAGCUGAGCCCCUCUGGCCAGCCAGGGCCAGCCCCUGUUUGCUGAGCUGGAGAGCUCAGCUCAAGGGAGACAGUGGCUUCUCACCAGCACAGCCUCAGUCCUCAGCUUUCCUCCUGCAGUCCUGGUGUGCCCCAACUCCCUUUCCCACCGGCAGACUUUCCAUGCUGCUAUUUGAUUUUUUUCUUUUUUUAAUUACUAUGUUGGUACUGUCCAUCUCCUCCAGUAGGGCUGACAGGAUCAGGAGUGGAAGAAGGUUCUGCUCCGAGUCAUGUUAAAUCCAAUGGUUUGGGAAUUUUUUUUUUCCACUGGGGCAAAUCCCCUCUGAAUUUUCAGGUGCUGUACCAGAGAGAUGCUGAGUAGGGAGCUGUGGGGAAGGGACACAGGCUCAGAUCAUGUCCCCUGUGCUCCCAACCUCGGGCAAGGCCAGCUGGAUCCUCACAUCAUCUCCCACUGUAUGGGCCUGAAAUGCCCAGUGGAGUCCUAGGAAAGACCCUCCCUGACUGUGGUGGAAGGUGAGGGUGGGUGGAAGGUGAGAGGGACCUCAACCCCCCCUCCACCCACUGAGCCAGCAGGCAUCAAACCAGAAGUUCAGGGGACGAGGGUGUUCACGCUGGUGAAAUUUAGCUGCUCAUAAAGUCCAGUUCACAUCAGUGCCAAGAUCUUCUCUGUCACAGAUGGUGAGCCAGGGCUGCACCUUAUGUGGGGCCAGCAGGCUGUGGGGGAUGUCCAUGGCCAGCAGGAGGGAAAGCUGGAGCAGAAAGUGGUGGAUGGUGCACGGUGGGGUGGGAAACUCCAAUCAGCUGCUACCCCUCUCCUCCCCACCCUCUAGCAGACAGGCUGAGCUGGUGUCCUCCUGCUUUUCUUGCAUCUUCUGCUGUCCCCCCCAGGCUGAGAAAGGAGGAUGGCACCAGAGGAUUCUUGGAAUCGGGUUCCAGCUACCUCCCUUCCAGUUUCAGUUUCACUUGGUUGUAACUGUCGGUUUGUUCUAGGUUUUACCUGUGUCUAAUUAAAAAAAAAGAAAAGAAAAAAAAAAGGAAAAAAAAAAGGAAAAAGAAACUGAGAGAAAAAAAGAAAGCCCCAUAGUCAACAAAAGUUUCUUGCUGCAAGCGAUUCAAGUGGGGAAAAAAACAAAUAACAUGUGAGGCUUUACAGAGAGGAAUAGGAGAGAAAAAAAAGAAAACAACAAAAACACAUAAAAAUGGAGAAAAGAAAAAGAGUAGAAAACCCGCAUAAUCCAAAUCCAAGCAGAGCAAAGCCUAUUUUUGUGUGUUUGAAAGGAAAACACCUAAUCUGCCAGCUGAGUAGAAAGCUAGAUACUAAGUGUAGAUUUCCCUAGAAGUACCGUGAGGUUUUAUAACAUUGUCUGGUUUUGUUUUCCUUGUGUGUUGUGAUAAGUCCAGGAACUAAGGCUAAGGGGUUAUCCCCUGGUAUAUUGUUGUUUGUGGGGGGAGGGAGGGGGUGGAGUUAGUUAUAUUUUCUUUUUCCAGAUUAUUUUUUUAAGUGUGUAUUUGUGCUUAUUUUUACGUUAUCCAACUGUACAUACGCAUUUAACCAGUAUUUCACUGUGCUCUAAUUACUGCACUCAGAAGCACUGCACAGUCUGAAUCCCCGAGAGCUGCGAGAGACUGGGAGUGAAGGGGGAAGGAGAAAGCUGCUACCUGAGCAGACAGGUGAUUCCCAUUUUGGGGAAGCAGGGUGCUGACCACCCCCUUCCCACACUCCAGCCCAUCUGAGGCUGAGCUACAAGACAGGAGGGCAUGGGGUGAAGUCAGCCAAGGCUGGGAUGCCCAGAAGGGUUUCAGAGCUGGAAGUCUGGCCUUUGAACUAUUUUGGAUGCCAUGGAAAUUCCCAGCCUUUCGGCAGCAUCUUGUCCUCCCCUGCCCAAUCCCUGGAGGGCCCAGUGAGCUCUGAUAGGCAUGUUCAUAUCACUGGGAGAGGACCACAUGCCCAGCUCUAGAUAUCUCUAGAUAUCUCUGGAUAUUUUUAUGGUUGUGGGCCCCCUUUUGGUCUCAGUGGUGCAGCUGAGUGGAUCUGUUUUAUGUUUUUUCCAUGUUAUCCCAUCCUCUGGGGAGGGCCAUCUCCCUGCUGAGGGUGCAGCAGCACUCCUGCCUCCAGGUGACCUUUUAUGGGCAUACUGGGCAUACUCAAGCCCCAAGAACAGUCCCAUUUCCCUGGAGGACCUUGACCACUGAGUUCAGAGGGAGCAUGAGCACAACACCAGCAGGAGCAGGUCCAGGUGGCCCAAGAGGUAUUUCCUUGGAGCUACGGUCAAUUUGGGCAAUAGGGAUUUGGUGUUGGGCUGUUCCUGCCACCUGGGGGGCUCAACCCCCCCCGUUCCUUUUAGCAGGAGCGAAGUGAGGCUUAAUGUUUUGUUUCUGUCUUCGUUUGGCAAACUGAGUUUUCCCCUUUACACCGGAUUUACACAUCCAAGAUUCAUUAAGAAUGAGAAUCACUUCCUCUGAGGCCACACUCGAGAGCUUGGGUUGGCUUCAGGUGUUCGAUGAGGAGUCUUGGUGCUACUUGUUGGUGGUUUUAGUCCUGUUGGGUCGAGAUGCGGAGCUAACGAGUCCAAGUUGUCUUUGGUUCCCAUUCUGGCUUAGUUUUUAGUCUUUUGGUUUUUCCUUCUUUUGGUGAGGCCACAUUCAACCACCAGUUUCCAUCUUCUGAGUGCAAAGAACCAGGGCUUUAAAUGAAACAUUUCACCAGCAAUUCAAGAGGGAAUUGGAACCAUUGUGGAGUUUGCAUUGUACGGCCUCUGUAAUUACGUACCUGUCUGCAGAUGAGAGGCUGAAUUUUGCUCCCAUCAAGUCAACACAGGUUUUUGUUGUUGCUGACUUCACUGGGAGCAGGAUUGAGCCGUACUAUAUAUAUAAAUAUAUAUAUAAAUAUAUAUAUGAUAUAUAUAUAAUAUUAUAUGUGUAAUAUUAUAUAUAUAUCAGUGUAAUAUUUACAAAUAAAACUGUGAUCUCGUCUAGAGAAAAAUGUAUUCAUAUUACCAACUGCUCUUCCAUAUUUAUGUAUCAUAUUGUAUCUUUUUAUUAUAAUUAUUAUGAUUAUUAUGGUUAUUAUUAUUAUUAUUAUGGAAUCUUUCUUGGCACCUUUUGGAAGCCAUGUCAACCAAUACUCCAAUGAAGUGCUGAGGAUCUAUUUUCACAAGAAUUCUACUGGUCUACUGUAUAAAAGAGAAAAGAAAAAAAAAAAAAAAAGAAACAAGCAAAAUACAGUUCAACCCUUAAUUCUGUACCUCACGCCUGUACGUUUGCUGCUCCAAUUUUGGGUUUUAUUUUGCGUUCGUUUGUUUUUAACGGAUCUAAUUUAAGUCUCCAAGCAAUAUAUAAAGAUGUAAAUAGUAAAGCUUAUUUAUUAAGAUUGUCAUCUUUUUUAAUUUAUAUUUACACAAUUGUUCAUCUAAUUUAUUUUUUUUUUCAAUACAGUUUUUAACAGUUGUCCUUUUUUUGGUUCAUGAUGUUUUUUAAAUCAUUUUCACAGAAUUUCUUUAUACAGCUUUUUCUCUUUCUUUGAAUAAGCAACAACUUCCUCUGGUCUUUCAAAAACAGGUCAUGUUUCACUCAAAAAAAAAAAAAAAAAAAAAAAGUUAUGUCAGAUUCAUCAGAAAUAUUUUGCCAUUGUUGAUUCCUAUACCCUAAAGUUCUAUAUUAUAUAAAUAUAUAAUACCUUGUAUGCUUAAAUAUUUAACUGUGUGAUUUUGUAUAUAUCUUCAUACACAUGCUCACACACAUAUGAGGGUUAAUGUCCCCAGAUAUUGGGAGAACAGAGAAUCAGAAACACAAACAAUAUAAGCUUGUAUUAAAGAGUUCUGAACUGGACCCCUCCCUCUUGCCACGUCUCCUUUGCUUUCGGUCGAGCCGGUCACGAGCGAUGCCCACGGGGGUCCCAGCGUGGUCAGUGUGUGGCUGUGGGGUCCCACAUCUGGCUGCACAGCUGCACAGCAUCCUGCCCCUCUGCUCCAGCUCUGCUGUUGGGGCAGGGGGCUUGAGUUUUGCCAGAAGGCUGCAGUGGGAGGAGGGAGGCAGCACUGGCCAGGGCCCUGGGGAGCCCAUUCUGCCUCCAAUGGAUUUGGCUCUGCCAAGGGGGGUCAGGUCCCAUUUCUCUCCAGGCAGGCUGGUGGAGUUUUUGGGUUGAGGACCUUGAAAAUCAAGUUGUCCAUAUUCUGCUUACCUUCUUCAUCACAUGCAGAACAUGUUCAUCCAGAAAACCAGUCCCAGUGGGAGCCUGCCUUGGCUCAGGGGUAUUACCUAAGAGGGAAGCAAGGCUGAAACCAAACUAUGUGCAGCCUGGGAGCUGAACAUCAUGAUGUACAGAGCCUUUGGACACAGGAGAAAACAGAUAAAGAUAAGUCAGUCUCCAGUGGUCUGAGAGAGCUAGGGUUGCAGACCAA